AUGAUAAUUUCGACGGAAUGUCUAAAUUCAUAUUUGUUCGCCUUAUCUGCAUUCACACAGCAAUUGUCAGAAUUGGCACAGAAAUGGGCUGAUGAACUAUCCCAAAUGACUCGUCUCUCAAACAGUGGCUACACGUUUCAGGGAGUUCGUCUGGGGGAGAACGUCAUGAGUCGGUGGUCCACUGCUCCCGUUUAUUUUGGAGCAAAAGAACUAGUCGAUCAUUGGUACCAAGAAUCGUCGAAAUACAAGUUUGACACGGAACCAUCCAGCAUUCAAGGCAUCGGUGGUUUCACUCAAGUGGUCUGGGCCGGAUCACAACGCGUCGGUGUUGGUCGAGCCAUGCUACCAAAACCGGGUCCAACUCCUGGUAGUUCUACCCCCGGCUAUCGAAUGGUUGCUGUCUGUUUCUACUAUCCUCCGGGCAAUGUGACCGGACAAUUCAAAGCUAAUGUGAAUCCGAGUUCGCACUAA